AUGGAUCCAGAAGCACAAAAAAAUGCAAGAAAGAAAGAGUUGGAUGAUAUGAAAAAGAGAAUUGCUGAAUAUAAAGAAAAGAAAAUUGCACAAACCUCUAAACUUUCAACAACCAAAGCAACUUCACCAUCUCUAUCAACAGGUGCUGGAGCAACAUCACCACCAGCUGAAAGCUUUGAUAGUCUAUUAGAAUCUAUCAAUAACAUUGCACCAACUUCACCACCAACAACUUCUGCCACUAGUACCAGUACUUCUACUACUACAGCUACACCAUCAACUAUACAACAACAAGAUAAAUAUAAACCAACAUUGUCAAUACAAAACUUGGUCAUUGAAUUUGAUAUACCACCUCGUGAGAUUCCAACCUAUACAAAGGCAACCCAAACACCAGAUAUUGAUUUCAAUGGUGAAAAUGAAGAUCAACAAGUAAACGCUACACCAAACAAAUCAAAAUCAAAAUAUCAACAAUUACAACAACAACAACAACAAACAACACCAACCCUUGCUUCAAGUUCAACUGGUAUCGAUUCAUCAGAAGGUCAUGAAGCUAUUGAAGAAACAAAUGUAUCAAAAGAACCAGAAGUUAUUGAAUUGGAUGAACAAGAGAAAAAAGAGAUUUUAGAAUCUGAAUCAUUUAGAACAUUCUUUACAAGAUCAUCAAAAGUUAUUGAAAGAGCUUUAAUGUUGGAUGAUAAUAUUGAUAUAUUGGUUGAUUAUACCAAAACUGAUGAUGAAGAUAAAUCAUCAUCAAAAGAAUUAAAAUUAAUGGGAACAUUGGUAGAUGAAAGAUGGUCAAAACAUAGAUCAGUUACAGAUAUUAAUUGGUCACCAAAACAUCCAGAAUUGGUUGUUACAUCCUACUCUGCAAAUGAAACUGGUUCACAUGAUCCAGAUGGAGUUGUUUUAGUUUGGUCUGUUAAUAAUUUCUAUCAAAAACCAGAAUAUGUUUUUAAUUGUCAAUCACCAGUAAUGACAACAUUCUUUUCAAGAUUUCAUCCAACUUUGAUUGUUGGUGGUACAUAUUCAGGACAAAUAGUAGUAUGGGAUACUAGAUCAAAAUCAACACCAGUACAGAGGACACCAUUAUCAUCGGUUGGACAUACUCAUCCAGUGUAUAGCAUGUCUGUUGUAGGAUCUACCAAUGCCAAUACAUUGAUUUCAGUAUCGACCGAUGGUAAGUUAUGUUCAUGGAAUCUUGACAAUUUAUCACAACCAGUAGAAACAUUGGACCUCAAUGCCAAAAACAAUACUUCCUCUACGGUUUCUGCAACAUCAUCGAUUGCUGUUACAAGUCUUGUAUUCCAAGAGACUGAAAUGAAUGCCUUUUUCGUUGGAUCUGAAGAUGGUAGUAUCUAUCAAGCACACAGACACGGUAGCAAGACUGGUAUAUCUGAUCGUUACAAGGGACAUCACGGACCCAUUACCUCUAUUGAUUUCCAUCCAUCACGUGGGUCAAUUGACUUUGGUAACUUGUUCUUGUCGUCGUCUACCGAUUGGACCACUCGUCUAUGGUCGACCAACAAGACCGAGGCACCAGUCUAUUCAUUUGAAGACUAUGUCGACUAUGUGUACGAUGCUAGAUGGUCACCAGUCCACCCAUCAGUCUUUGUCACUGGUGAUGGUAACGGACAAAUGUGUCUCUGGGAUCUCAACGAAGAAACAGAUGCACCGAUAGUCCGAAACAAGAUCUCUUCACAUGCUCUCAAUCGUCUCUCUUGGUCUGGCGAUGGUAAGCGUUUACUUGUUGGUGAUUCAACCGGUCAACUCUCCCUCUAUGACACUUCUCCCUAUGCCAACCCAGAACCAGAUUCUUGGUCAAAGUUUGGUAAUAUCGUUGAUAAACUCCUAUCAAAACCUCUUACCCUUCAAGAUUCUCCAACUACUGCAAUUGAUAAAGAUGAUUAA